AUGGACAAGCCUGAGAUGAUACAACCUGACAUCAUGCAUUGUUACAAUCUUGGAUUCGGCAAGGACCUAGCAGCAUCAGGAGUCAUCGCCGUUACUGAUGCUGGUUUCUUCGGUGAAGGCUCCAUACCACUGCGACUCGAGAAGGCUUUCGUUGCCUUCAUGUCAUGGUGUGAAAACAAUGCUUAUACCAGCUCCAUCAAAGAGUUCGACCUCAAGAAAACUUUCAAGAUGAAGCAACGGCGAUGGCCGGUGGGCUGUGGAAAGGCAUAUGAUGUCGCCUUGGUCAGCAAAUGGCUGGAGGGUCUCUCUGAUUCCCUCGAGCUCCUGCAUUUUACGCUGGAGUCUGGGAAUCGCUUCUUUCGCACGAUCUACAAUCAAGGGGCAUGGAUACCGGUGGAAGUGGCGAGGACUGCCGUGCAGAAUGGUUACAAUCUGAUCGAAUGCUGA